AUGCCUGGUCUUAAGCUUGUUGAAGCUUUAGAAUACAGGUGUGACCGAUUGGAGCGGCUUAUAGGCGCCGGAUACAGCGCGAAUUCCGAUGUUUCAGUGCAAUUAGAUGAACUAUACAAUCAGUUACAUCGUCUAUAUUUCCAGGGUCUAAAGUAUUCUCAAGAUCUCCUGCAACUCUUUAAUACUUUCAUGGCUGAAGACAUCGAGAACGUGGGAGCUCCUGAUGAUAUUUGUAUUUUUGCUAGUUGCUUUGACGAUAUUUAUACAUUAUAUAGUGCAUUUGACGAACUAAACAGCCAAUAUAUGGAGUUUUGCCAAAUCAGUAAAAGUUCAUUGGAUCAGAUUUCCUUCAAAGACGCAAAUAUUGAAACGAAACAGUUGAAGAAGUUACCCGAGUUGGUGGAUAACUGCAACAUAAUGAUUUUGAGGUCAAUUGCAAUUCUAAACCGUUUCAUCGACUGGAAUAUUGAAGUUAACGGAUUCUUCCAGUUCCAGAAAAAGAGGCUGUUGAAUUUACAAAAGGUAAUUUAUAGUACGUGA